AUGGAAAAUUUCGUUGUUGAGGGCACGAUUGCUAAAAUAAGGGAUUUUCCACACGUCGGGUUUUUGAGAAUACUGUGCUAUGAUAAAAGUACGAACUUGCAUACCUUGCGUGCUUGGAAUUGCGGCUCGUCUAUUUUGAACAAGAAGAUUUUGCUGACAGCAGCUCAUUGUCUGGUGGGCUGUGAAAGAGAAAGCGUCGGUGCAAUAACGGUGGGGCAUUCUAAAGUAGACAAUACUGUUUAUUCAAGUAUAGACGGUUAUAUUAUUCAUGAGGAGUAUUCUCCAACGCUAGCUGAUUAUGACAUAGCGCUGGUGCGAUCUAGAACAGAAAUUGUAUUUGGCCCUAACGUGAAGCGAGUUGCCAUAAUGAAGGCCCCACCUUACUUUGAAAAGGCACAGAUAGCCGGUUGGGGACUGAUAGAUGCAGAAAGACAUAUUCUCUGA